UCCCUGUUCUCCUUUCUUGUUGCCCCAUAUUUCACCUAAUUCAAUGUCGAAAAAAAUAAGUUUUCUUUAGAAAUCUGCAGUUCUUUUGUCCCUAACAGCCAUGGAAACCGCAUCCGUGUUCCUUCAUUCGAGAGCAACGCCAUCUGGAUUCCCUCUAUCUGGUGCCGGCGGGAAAAUCUUUUCUCUGAGGCCUUUCAGCGAACACUUGCGAUGCCAUCAACCGAGUACCCGCUUUCAUCUUCACAAGUACCCACAACCCAUCGAUAAUCCAUCACUUUCCGGCUACUCUCCAUUUCCAUUAACGCGAACUCCAGGUAUAUCUAGGACCCACUUUUUUCCUCCUCUCAAAUGUUCAUAUUCCAGCUCCUCAAGCCCAUCCUCUCAAAACCCAUUAUUUAGACCAUUCAAAGAUUUCUCUCUUGAUUCGUUGAGGGAAAAUUUUCUGCGGCUCACCCCUUUCGAUGUCAUCAAAUGGUCUGGGAUAGUAUCCGUAGCAAUUGCAGCCACAAAAUGGACUCUCAAUUUGCUGCUGAACCCAUUUUUCUGGAUGUAUUUUAGCUGGACUUGGCUGUUUUGGCCAUGGUGUUUGGCUAUUGCGCUUGCAAUUUAUGGAUUAUAUUGCUUUCGCAAGCAUUCGCUGGGGGAAGCAAACAUUUUUGAGCAGCUCGCCAUUGUAACUUCAUCGUUUGCUUGGCUUACGCUUGUCCCCCCUGCCCAUUUCAAUGGAUAUCUUGAAGGUUGGCCUUUUGUGUUCUUCUUCGUCUACCAUUAUUUCUUUUUCUUCAAUGUCAGUGUAAGAAAACGAUUAUAUGGAGAUUAUUACAUGCGCCCGCAUGAUCCCAAGUGGGAUAUAGACAUUCCCAAAUGGUACCGCUAUUUGUUCUGUGUUGGUGUCAUGGUUGGGCAUUGGCUAGCUGCAUUUGAGGGGCCUGAGCUACACCGUAUUCCUGGUGGGUGGAGUAAUGUGGGUUUGGGGAUCCUGAUAGUAAUGACUUUGUUAAUGCAGUAUAAUUCGACUUUCUAUCUCGCUAAAUAUUCAGAGAAGGUGGCGGUGCCAACUGCUGUGGUGCAGUUUGGACCAUAUAGAUGGGUGAGGCAUCCCAUAUAUGCAUCCACUAUGCUUCUGUUUGCAAUUUAUUGUAUUGCACUUCGAGCACCUUUCAGCAUGCUAUUUGUUAUUGCUGUAUGCUUGAUGUAUUAUGAGCAGAAGGCAAAAAUGGAGGAGGCUCUGAUGAUUGAGACUUUCGGGGAAGGGUACUUGGAGUACAUGAGCAAAGUUCGGCACAAAUUUAUUCCUUUGGUCUAUUAGAGAGCAUCCAGGUAUGCUAUUAUUGUUUAUGAUUUGUAAUCAAAUUGCAGGAAAUGAAAAUUAAUGUGGACUUGAAAUUAAAAUGUGACAUUAUAUUGAAUGACGGAUUUCAUAGGUUUUUGUUUCUUUUUAAUAUUGUGUAGGUUGAUUCAUCUGUUAUUUUUAUUUUCAUGUCUUGUUCGGUGUGGGUUUUGGAUGAAUCAAUUCAGUAUAUGUGAUGCAUCUGGUCUCUACAUUUUAUCUGCGAAUCUUCAUUUCCAAGCGACAUUUCGCGGUGGCAAAUUUAUGUUA